AUGGACAGAUUAUCUGAAACCUGGACGACGACUGGCGUUCAAGCAAUAUUCGAGAUCCAAACACGGGAAACCGUCGAGUCGAAGGACUUGAUCGUUCCGACGGCGCUGGGUGCAGGUCUUGUUCACACCCCUGUGUGCGGCCUGGGCUGGCGUUUUUCUGUGAAGAUCGACCGAUCCUCCGCGCAGACUGUUGUUGUGAGUGACUCAGGGGAAGCCAUCCAGUCCUAUCAGGUGCAGCUAUAUUUCGACCCUCAUCUCAUCGGCGCGGCGAAAUAUGGCGAACUGACGCUGGAGGUUCAAGUCGGACACUUGAUUCCUACCGUGGAGAUUGUCCCCAUCAAAUUUCGUCUUCCCACCAGCGAUCCUCGCCAUACAGCCAACCUGGGACUUCACACGUACCCAGGAAACGCCAGACCUCCCCGUGUCACUGUGACGAUCACCUUUUCACCCACUCUUGGACUGACGCUCCCAACUCCGCUGGAUCACCGCAUUGAACGUGCCCUGGGGGAGACUCUGGAGGGCGAAGAACUUGUGGACAUCAAAUUCUACGCGUUCAGUCGCAGAGACAGGUCUCAGCCGCAGAGCCGGGCACCACCACCCUCGCUUCCAAUAUUCGAACUUAUUUAUAGAACAUUCGUCUCUGGGCACGGUUUUUCCGAAUCCGUGCCUUGUGAUCUCGACAUUGACCAGCCCUCUGAAAGCACAUUCGACGAAUACAGCUACGAACUGGAUAGCGAUUUGGACUCUGAUCAAGAAAUUGAUGCGGCGCCGCCACCAAAGACUAUGAAAAUCGAAGCCGAGAAGGCUGACACAGCGGGUCGGUUCGCACGCAGAGGUCGGGUCGUUGUCGUGAAAGACACGGCUUACAAAACCCUAAAAGCGCUCCUCAUGUACCUUUACACGGGCGAGAUCCACUUCCGUUCUCUGCGGUCGAAUCCAGAGCCGGCAGAAGCGUCAAGCAGAGUGCAAGGUCCGAUCUGUUCCCCGAAAUCAAUGUACCGGCUCGCGGACAAGCUGCAGCUGGGGCUGGAUGAGCUGAAGAUGCUUUCCCAGGCACGCAUCUCUGCGAGUUUAGCGGAGUCCAACAUCCUGGAAGAGGUGUUUUCGUCAUUCACCUCCACAUACCCUGUGAUUCAAGAACUCGAAGUUGGCAUUUUGACUUCCAACUUCUCGAAGAAGGCCGCUGAGGGACUGCGUGCGAUGGUGCAGAACAUAUGUGAGGGAGAGAAACCCCAUGCGGCGGAGACUCUGUUUUUGAUCAUGCAGAGAAUGGGUGCCGGUGCGAAAUAGUCAUCACUUCGAUUACUCAAACUCGCCGUCGAAACCCGGCCAAUCAUUCGCAUAGACUACCUCAUGGCUUGAUCCAAAUUGAUGAACGGCCAGUCAGGUUGGCGCUGGGAAAGAACCAUCUACAAGAUUACCCCAGACUGGCGCAAACGAUGAGUGGCCGCUGAAGGUUUUGCGCCGAAUGCAACCAGAAAUCGCUAGAAGACACUCUUGGACGUCAGGGACGGUUUCAGCGCUCUUUUCGCCGUCAUUAUCGAGCACCAUCUCCUCGGGAGGGGGGAUUACAGCAGCUACCUCGGGGAAAUAGGCCUACCACUUUCCCUUCGUUUGGACUGAUCCAAGCGUUAUCGUGGUGCGUCCGCUUCUGACAGGCUUCUGUGACCUUCUAAGAUGUUGUCCUUUUUCCAUUCCACUGCAUUCUACGUUGGCCGUCUCAUCGAUAUCGAUGAGAUUUCGGGGGUCCAUUUUUGAAGACCCGAUCGGGACAUCCCGAAUGAUCGGAUCCAGAUCCGAUACCCGACGACUAGUGCGUAUUUAAGCUGAGGAGCGAUCGCCAGGCUCCUCUCCCUCUCCCUACCCCUCCCGCCCACCAUCAUCUCCACAUCAUCAACAUGGGUGUCACCAUCGAAGUGCUGAAGCAAGGCGACGGUGUGCGGUUCCCCCAGCGGGGCGACCACGUCACUAUCCACUACGUGGGCACGCUGCUGAACGGGGACAAAUUCGACUCCAGUCGCGAUCGGGGGAACCCAUUCGAGACUGAGAUCGGGGUGGGGAAGGUCAUCAAGGGCUGGGACGAGGGUGUUCCACAGCUGUCCAUCGGCACCAAGGCCAAAUUGACCGUCACCCCCGAUUUCGCAUACGGCUCGCGCGGCUUCCCGCCGGUCAUUCCCCCGAAUUCGACUCUCUGCUUCGAGGUGGAGUUGUUAGGGAUCAACUAAACACCGCCUGCAUUCAUUCUCGUCUUUCUCGUUUCCUGUGUAACCCCAUUGUGCUAUAAACCAUUUGCAUCGUCCCAUCGCUCUCUUGAGAGUUGUGUCUCUGGCAUUCCGCGACAUUGGCGCCACGUAUCAUGUCGUGUCUCGUGCUCGUCCUAAUCACAUUUUGGGUUCC